AUGGCUCGCCCUGGGCCCCUUUUCCAGGCAACCGGCAAUGAGCUGGACAUGAUUGACGGUUUCUCAGAUAUCUCCUCUGAUGAGGACAACUUCGGCCGGCGAAGCAUGGACUCGUCCCCCUCGGCUGGACUGCACAAUAGUGCGACCCCUCCCUCAACCGGCGGCCCCCCCCGACUGGGGCUGAUCUCGCGGCUCCCGGCCCCAAGCAGCAAUGGCCCGCACGUCGUCGGCCGCAUGGUUUUCGACCCGGUGUCCAUGCGGUGGGUUCGGGUAUCGGCGGCCCGGUCAGCCUCGCGCAUCUCCGACACCGAGGCCGACGACGAGGGGGCCGGCGAGGAGGACUCAACCGACGAGGACGAGGCCGACAUCUUCGAUGGGCUGGGCUUCGAUGAGGCGUCCCUGGCCUCGGGGCAAACACACGAUGGCUCGCGCGAGAAGUCCCUCGAGGAUGCCUUUGUCGUCACCCACUCCAUGAUGGCCGAGUGGCGCGCGGCCGAGCGCCAAUACCAGCGCAUGGUCGGCCAUGCGGCCCCGGGGCCCUCUUCAUCUGCCACCCUCAGCGGCCCGUCGGCCUCGUCGUCCAGUGCGUCCCUCGGCCCGGGGCAAGGGCCGGCCACCAGCGACCCCGGGGCAUCCUCCUCCUCCUCCGUCCCCUCCUCGGCUGGCCCGUGGGCCGGUCUGGCGGCCAUCGAGCCUCGCUCGCACUUCCAAAUGAUCCGGGACAUCGCCGCGCGGCUGGUCUAG